GAUCUUCAUAUUUUCCAACUCUAAACACCUUGUAAAACAUCCCAAUUCCUCAUCACCACAAAUCCUAUUAAGUUGUUGAAGAAACCAUGGAAGUAGAGAUGUCAAUGGCAGAUUCAUCAUCACUCAAGGUUCUCAUGUUCCUCAUUGUUCAAGCGCUGGUCUAUCUCAUCCUUUCUAAAUCCUCCAAUGUCUUCUCCGAUGACAAGUUGAUGAUGACAUCAUUAAGCUUCAAGCCCCCUCGUUCCUUGUCCAUUCGUCGUCUUCUCGCCUCCAUUUCCGAUUUACCUCAAGGUGUUGAGCCAUCCCCAUCUUCGUCUUCAUCGCCAUCCUCAAGGGGUUUGGAAUCACCCAUUCUACAACAACACGCUCAACACUAUCAAACUUAGAUCUAUUUGCUUAGUUUGUUUAAACUAUUCUUUUAUUCUUUGGGUAUUUGUAAUCCCCAUGAAACAUCUUUCUUUGUAAUUCCUUAUCAUGUGACAAAUUUAUAAAUGAUAUUAGAUUUUUCUAAAUAAA